ACGGGGGAAAUUGCGUAAGAACGCAUUCGAUUCUGUUCGAGACAUUCGGUCGCCAUGCCUCAUUGUAGCAAGGCGUUCGUCAUCUCCGUCUUCGGAACCAUCAUUGCCAUCUACUACGUCGUCACGUCUUCCCAGAAGCCCCGGUUGGUCUGCAGGGAAGGACCCUUUCGAAAUUUCCUCCUCAGACGGUGCGCCUUCCUCUUCGAGCGCUUCCUUCCAACUGUCUGGUGCUUCUCCAGCAAUGCUCAAUCUCUCAUGGCCCAUCUGCUGCAGAAGAGGCAACCAGACAUAUCAUACACGCGUCAGCUCCUCACUCUGUCCGAUGGAGGUGUCUGCGCCCUGGACUGGCUGCCCGAGGAGAAGCCGCUUCCGUCGGAUAGACCCACAAUCAUCCUGAUGCCUGGUAUAACGGGCGACAGUCAGGCAUACUACUUCAAGACACUCGUUCCCUUGAUCCGGACGCUGCGUUGCCGGUGCGUGGUCUUCAAUCAUCGUGGUAACGGCGGCGUUCCCUUGAAGACACACCGCAUGCUGUCCUGCCUGAGCACGGACGACUUGGCUGACGCCCUGGGUGCAAUCAAGCGAGAGUACCCGUCCUCUCCGAUCUUGGGUGUCGGGUACUCGCUCGGGGGAGUAGUACUCUCGCACUACCUCUCGCAGAUGGGCGACGAGUCCCUGGUGGAUGCGGCGCUCGCCAUAUCUACGCCGACCGAUAUUCAGGCUGCGACGGACAAUUUGCAUAAGGUGGGACCCAACCUCAUCGUCAACCACUACCUCGCACGCUACCUCGUCGACCUCGUCAAGCGAAACCGCGACGUCAUAGAGGGAAAAUUGGACAUCGCUCCCGUGACCCAGUGCUGGACCGUUAAGGAAUACGACGCAUGUUGUACCGCCCCGCUCCUGGGCUUUCCAACCGUAGAAGCCUACUACAGGGCGUCUUGUCUGAACGGAAAGUUGGGCACGGUGCGUCGACCCCUGCUCUUUCUCACGGCAACCGACGACAUAUUCGUUCCCCAGGAAGCGAUGCCCGUCCACGAGAUCGUAGAGACGUAUUUCGUCGCGGCGGUCCUGUUGCCACGUGGGGGUCAUCUUGGUUUCGUCGAUGGCUUGCUCUUGCCGACGCCGCCGUUUUAUUCGGAACGUUUUGCGGCGAGGUUCAUUAAGGCCCUGUUGGAGUAUGCGAUGAGGAAUAACCUGAAAGAUUUGCCGAUCGAUAAUGUCGCUCUGGACUGGGGCGAAAGGGAAGAGAUGGCUGUGCAAGUAUAAUACGUCGACGGUGAGACGAACGGAUGGACGACCGACAAAAUUGUUUGAAUGAUAGUGGCAACCAAUAUGAAGCGUAUUUGGUGUACUUUGCAAUGGAGGAAUAGAAUUAUUCUUUUGAUGCA